ACUUCACAGAGUAAACUCGAACUACGAUUUUCGAUAAUUGUAUUGAAAGAAUAAAAUAUCGAUUUAGUCGUUUGAACUGCACGUGCUGUUUAUUUGCUAGAGAUGAAAAGAUUUGUUCGAUGUUAUUGAUGAAGAAAAUUUCACGAUUUACGUUAUUAUUAAUAUUAUGCAAGGGACCUUUUUUAAGGAAAUAAUACCUCCUUGUGAGUAUAGCGUCCUAAUAAACAAUUGGAAAAAAUGGUACCACUCGGACCUUCACCGAGUCAUCAAUCUUCUGUUAAUAAUUCAUCUACUACAUCUGCUACUGGAACGAAAGGCAGUUCAACAUUGAAGCCAAAUUAUACAUUGAAGUAUACACUAGCAGGUCAUACUAAAGCUGUAUCAUCUGUCAAGUUUAGUCCUAAUGGAGAAUGGUUAGCGAGUUCUUCUGCUGAUAAACUUAUCAAAAUUUGGGGAUCUUAUGAUGGAAAAUUUGAGAAAACCAUUUCUGGCCAUAAGCUUGGUAUUUCUGAUGUUGCUUGGUCUAGUGAUAGUAGGCUGUUAGUAUCUGCUUCUGAUGACAAAACAUUGAAAAUAUGGGAAUUAAGUUCUGGAAAAUGUUUAAAAACGUUAAAAGGUCAUAGUAAUUAUGUCUUUUGCUGUAAUUUCAAUCCUCAAUCUAACCUUAUAGUUUCGGGAUCGUUUGACGAAAGUGUACGCAUUUGGGAUGUGAGAACUGGAAAAUGUUUAAAAACACUUCCAGCUCAUUCAGAUCCAGUAAGCGCAGUGCACUUCAAUAGAGAUGGUUCUUUGAUUGUUUCCAGUAGUUAUGAUGGUCUUUGUCGAAUUUGGGACACAGCAUCAGGACAGUGUCUAAAAACACUAAUAGAUGAUGACAAUCCUCCAGUAUCUUUUGUAAAAUUCUCACCAAAUGGGAAAUAUAUCCUAGCUGCUACAUUGGACAAUACAUUGAAACUUUGGGACUAUAGUAAAGGAAAAUGUCUAAAAACAUAUACGGGUCACAGGAAUGAAAAAUAUUGUAUAUUUGCUAAUUUUUCUGUCACAGGAGGAAAGUGGAUUGUAUCAGGCUCUGAAGAUAACAUGGUAUACAUAUGGAAUUUACAAACAAAAGAAAUUGUGCAAAAAUUACAGGGACAUACAGAUGUAGUACUAUGUACAACAUGUCACCCAACAGAUAAUAUUAUAGCAUCUGCUGCUCUUGAGAAUGAUAAGACCAUCAAACUAUGGAAAAGUGAUACAUAAAAUAGAUUCUUUUUAUUCAUUAUUGAUUUUGCCUGUACAAAAUAUGCUUUUAUAUUAUAGAUAUCAUUACAUUAAGUACAUAGCAUUCAAGCUUGAAUCACGCUGUUUCUAUUUUCUUAAACGUUAUAAUUCGUUAAGUAAAAUAAGAGAACUAGGAAUAUAUAUUCAAAAAAGUACAUACCUGUAAAGCGUGUCAUGUGGUCCAUAAAAAUUUAAGAUUAUUAGGUUA